AUGUACUUGAGCGGUGUCCUGCCUAUUGGAGUGGGCACGACACGCGUCACCAGCAACGUGACAGUGUUUGGGAGGGAGGAGGACUAUGAGGUGACUGUGCUACACGCACAGAACAUGUGGAUAGGUCCAGACACCCUCACACUACUCGGAUUGGUGUGUUGUGGCAAGCGUACAC